AUGGACCGCAAGCGCAAGAAUGUCUACAAUGUCGCAGAUUCGCUCGAUUCCUCCUUGAAGAAAAAUACUGCUUUUAUCAAACGCCUUCGCACUGGCCUUUCAGCUUCCGCCCAGGAUACCUUUCUUACCGAGACUCGCACACUCUCCCUUCAGAAGUAUCUCUCCGAAAUCAUUUCUGCCACUGCAGAAGGUCUUGGUAGGCUAAAGACUUCCAGCGAGAUUGCCACUGCGGUCGAGGUUGUCAGUGCCCUACAUCAAAGAUUUGGACCUGCUGAGUUCACUCGACAGCUAGCCUGGCUACUUGGUAGAGGUCUGUCGCCCCCAGACAAAGCUCAGGUCAAACUCUGGACUGCUGAAGUACGCGAGCGAGAAGAGAAGGAACGCUUAGUUCGACAACGGGUUCUCCUUCGAGUAGUGAGCGAAUUCUGGUUGUGUGGCAUUUUGAGGAGUUUGGAUGAUGUUGACCGGCCAGAUGACGCUUUGACACGCACUAAGGAAAGCCAGAUUCAACCUGAGUCCAAGCCACGCCCAAUACCAAAUGGUCUGAAAUCCGGCUCGCAGAUCGACCACGAACCUUUUCCACUAGAAGUUCUGAAAGAAUUGCUUGGGCACGACCCUGAGCACGUCAAUCUGAGUCUGGCCGUCUUGUUUGUCAAGAAUUUCUCUUGGGACAUUCUAGGAUUGAAACCACCCUCUGAUGACAGCAGAAAAGUUCCUGACAGCGAGAGCGCAGCCGCAGACCCAGCCAAAUCCGGAACCGACUCCGAUCCACUACCAGAGGAGGAUGCACCCAUUAUCCCACAACCGAUUCGAGAACGCUUUGUCAAUGUUUUUGAACGCUACCUAGGAAGUGUGAAGAAUCAUGUCGUGCGAGACCAAAAAUCGCUGAACAACCAGAGUCGACGAAAUGCCGAAGCUUACGUCAAGAGCGGUGAAAUAUUUGAGGAUAGACAAGCCAAUUUCGAGAAGCAAUCCAAGGCGCAAGAGAAGCUGGUCGCAAAUGCCCAGGUAUUAUGUGAUGUCCUCGGUCAAGAGAUGCCUGAAUUGGACGAAAAGGAUGGUCCAGAAUCAGCUGCCACCGGUACAGUUGGUAUGAUCAAGACUGGUGACUACCUCAAAGGCCAACGUGAUGGCGCUGGCAUCUGGGAGGACGAGGAAGAACGGAGGUUCUAUGAAAACUUGGUCGAUCUCAAAGGCCGCGUUCCUGGGAUCCUUCUGGAUGAUGCGAAGAAGACCAAAAAUGACUCGGAGGAGCGAAGCGAAGCUACAAUGUCUUCAACUGAAAUUGCACCGACCAAGCCGAUCUCCGAGGCUGAUGAUCAAUCUACCGCCAUCGCAAACAAGACUGUGGGAGCUCAAGUCGACGCCAUUCUCUUACGCCUACCUGAUUUGCAGACAAAAGAAAUGGUCGAUCAGGUUGCGCUCGACUUCUGUUUCCUAAACUCUAAAGCUUCAAGAAACCGUCUAAUCAAAGCCAUCCAGGACGUCCCAAAAGGACGGACAGAUUUGCUUCCCUUGUACGCCCGGUUAACAGCCACGCUCGGUCAAUACAUGCCGGAUGUCGUCCAGGGAUUGAUCGCGCAUCUUAAUGAGGAGUUUCGGAGCUUGCAGCGACGGAAGACCAAGGACUUUCUUGGACAGAUACGAAUGUCCAACAUUCGCUAUCUGGCAGAACUCACAAAAUUUGGCAUUGUCCCUGAGCACGUGAUCUUCCAUUGUUUCAAGGUCAGCUUGGACGACUUCUCGAGGAUGAAUAUUGAAAUUAUCGCUCAUUUGCUGGAAAACUGCGGUCGAUACCUUCUGCGGAACCCAGACGCGUCAGCACGCAUGGUAUCUUUCCUCGAGACACUCAACCGAAAGAAGUCCGCCCACCAUCUUGGCACUCAGGAGCGCAUGCUCAUCGAGAACGCCAUGUACUACGUCGAUCCACCCCAGCGAGCUGCAAUUCAACAAAAAGAACGUACGCCCAUGGAGCUAUUUGUUCGCCAGUUAGUCUAUAUGGACAUGACGAAGAGAAACUAUAUGAAAGUCCUCAAGACGAUUCGAAAGCUACACUGGGAAGAAACAGAGGUCGUUCAAAUCUUGGAGAAAAUCUUCAGCAAACCUGGUAAGGUAAAAUUUAGCAACAUUCACCUGCUAGCAGUACUGCUCCAAGCACUCUUCAGGUAUCAUCAAAACUUUGCGAUCACCGUUAUCGACAACGUCCUGGAGAACAUCACUCUUGGAUUGGAACAGAACGAUUUCAAAUUUAAUCAGCGUAGAGUGGCUGAGGUCAAGUAUCUGGGCGAGUUGUACAACUAUAAGAUGGUCGACUCGACAGUGAUAUUUGAUACCCUAUAUCGACUUGUGACUUUUGGACAUGAGGGCGGAACACCACAACCCGACGCGUACACACAGUUCGAUCCCCCAGACGAUUUCUUCCGGAUUCGACUAGUGUGUACGAUCCUGGAUACAUGCGGAAUUUGCUUUGAUCGAGGCAGUUCACGGAAAAAGCUUGACUUUUUCCUAACGUUCUUCCAGUACUACAUGCUCACCAAGGAUACUUUGCCCAUGGAGAUCGACUUUAUGGCACAGGACACCUUCGGUCUGGUUAGACCAAACUGGAAACUCGUGACUGACCUACCGGAGGCAGCCAAGCUUUUCGCGGAGGCAGUCAGUGCCAAUUACAAAUCUCAAGGCGCUGAGAAAACUUCUGAGCAGGUAGAAGAAAAUGAGGAGUCUGGCUCUGAUGACGGUGACGGAGAUGGAGAUGCAGAUCUUGAUCCCGUGAUAGUUCAGUCUUCAGACGAGGAAGGCGAGCUCGAAGGAGGGGAAGAAACUGCGGAAGAAAGAGAAGACGUUGAUUCAGACGAAGAUGAACGAAUUGUUGUUCUUCGCCAGGCAGAGGAAUUGGAUCCUGAAGCCGAAGCAGACUUCGAGCGAGCGUUUGAAAAAAUGAUGGCUGAAAGUUUAGACUCCCGCAAAUUUGAGCGUCGGGCGCAAUUUGACGUCCCGCUUCCGAUUCGCAAAAUUCAGCGGAUGCCCGUUGAAUCGACAGAGGAGGAACCUAGUGUCAUGCCGGAGCCCGAGGCCAACACAAUGGCUUUCUCCUUGAUGACCAAGAAAGGAAACCGUCAGCAGACGAGGACAAUCGAACUGCCCUCAGAUUCAAGCUUUGCCCUUUCGAUGAAAUCGCAACAGGCUGCAGAACGGGAGGAACAACAGCGGAUCAAGAAUCUAGUCUUGAAUUAUGAUCUUCGCGAAGAUGAGCAACACGAUGGUACACCCGAUGGAUUUCUUUGUGGCCCUAUUGUUCAACCCCCUCUGGAGAAUAACCCCAAUACUAAAGGACUCAAACUAGGACCUGACCAUUAUAAUCCUUCUCUCAGCCGAGCAGAGAAGUCCGGCCGGCAUGCCCCUCGUGCACGGAGACUCAACCUUAGUGAUGUUGAUUGGUAUGAUCCCCAAACGUCUUCCCCGACCUUGGCAACGAGAAGCAAGGAGAACCAUGGAAAAGGGUUCCCUGUAUCGAAGUCUAAAAAGAAGCCAGGCUGA